UUUCCCGCCCGCUGCGGAGGCGGUGGGUGAGGGACCGAGCUCAGGACCGGGCCCGGGCCUGGGCACGGGCCCGCGGUGGGGUGCGUGGUUAAACCGGCGGCGCCGGGCACCCGCCCGGGUGCGCGGGAGCCCUGAGGUGGGCGCGUCGGGUGGCAGCGGCGUCCCGGCGUGAGGAGGGGGCCCUGUGGGGAAGGGGCCUCCCGGUUGGCCCGGCCUUCCCCGCCCCUCUCCGGCCGGAGUCGGCGCCGAGGCUGGGCGGCGUGGGGCGGGCCGGUGGGGGCAGGGGCAGGGCGGAGGGGGGUUCACAGCCCCUGGUGGUGGGCGGUGUGCCCCGUCCCUGCGCGGUUCUGGGCUACGCCGCAAGUGUCGGACGCUUACUGGGUUUUGCUUCUCAGUUAAAGGAUGAAAGGUAGUAAGGAGCUGUUUUUUGUGAAAUUCAUAAAGUCUUCUGGGAACUCGGAGUAUUUUUUUAAAGCUCUUGAGUCUAUAAAAGAAUUUCAGUCAGAAGAGCAUCUCCAGAUCCUUGAAGAAGAAACGGCACUCAAUAUAAAAGAAAAUGAUAAAUCGCUUUACAUUUGUGAUCCUUUUAAAGGCGUUGUUUUCAAUCAUCUCAAAAAGCUUGGCUGUAGAAUUGUUGGACCACAGGUAGUCCUGUACUGUAUGCAGUCCCAGCAAUGUGUCCCAAGAGCUGAGUGUCCUGUGUACAAUAUGACCAUGGCCGACGUAACAGUAUCCUGUACCAGCCUUGAAAAAGAUGUUAGGGAAGAAGUUCAUAAGUAUGUACAGAUGAUGGGUGGAUGUGUGUCCAGAGACCUCAGUGUGUCAGUAACUCAUCUUAUAGCUGGGGAAGUUGGCAGCAGGAAAUACUUAGUAGCUGCUUCUCUGAAAAAACCUGUUUUGCUUCCCUCUUGGGUUAAGACACUGUGGGAUAAGUCUCAGCAAAGCAUAAUGAGAUACACUGAUGUUAACAUGGAAGACUAUGCUUGUCCUGUGUUCCUUGGCUGUACGAUUUGCGUAACUGGCUUAAGUAGUUCAGAAAGGAAAGAAGUCCAGCGCCUCACUGCUGAACAUGGUGGGCAAUAUACGGGGCGGCUCAAGAUGAAUGAAUGUACUCACCUCAUAGUUCAAGAACCAAAAGGUCAGAAGUAUGAAUGUGCCAGAAAAUGGAAUGUGCACUGUGUGUCUGUGCAGUGGUUUUCUGACAGCAUUGCAAAAGGCUUCUGUCAGGAUGAGACAAUAUAUAAAAUAGAGAGUGGAUCAAAACUGAGUAAUAUACCCAAUAUGUCAACACCUACGAAUCAUGCCAGCAAGCCUGACAAUCAUACCUUUUCGGACGUCAGCCACAUUUCUAAUAUCAAUUCAAGUAGUGUUAAUGAAACCGCACGUAGUUCUGCUAUGAGCAGCAGACUGGAUCCUCUUCCUGAUGAGCUGGAAAACUUGGAUAUAAGUUCUUUUCAAGACCCUGAAGAUUUGUUAGAUGGGUGUCGAAUUUAUCUGUGUGGCUUCAGUGGCAGGAAGUUGGACAAGAUGAGAAGGCUUAUUAAUUGCGGUGGUGGUGUUCGAUUUAAUCAACUGAACGAAGAUGUUACCCAUGUCAUUUUGGGGGAAAACAAUGAUGAGCUGAAACACUUUUUGGACAAGACAGCUCACAGGCCUCAUGUAGUAACAGCAAAAUGGUUGCUGGAGUCAUUUAGUAAAGGUUAUCUACAUCCAGUGGAGCAAUAUAUCCCUCUGAACUACCAGCUGUUAGAGAACCCAAUUUUGGAGCAACCUGGAAUGAAGUCAAUUCUUCCCCAAAAUAACAAUCUUUUGAAGAAAGAAGCUGUGAACGUUACAAAGCACCGGAAGGCUGCUGAAGAGGACUUCCUCUCUCAAUACAUAAAUAAUGAUUCUACAUUGGAUGAAGUUGAAAAACUGACAUCCAGAACCUUCAGUGAUGUUACUCACUUGACUGUUCAGGGAGAGAAUCAAUCUUCGGCCUGUAAUGGUUCUUUGGGAGAGUCUUCUGCACUGGCUGAAGGAGGCUUAUUUGUUAGAAAGAGAUUUCUUCUUUUGGGUUUUGGUGAAGAGGACGAGUCCUGCAUUGCAGAUAUUAUAAAGGAGAACGCUGGGAAAAUUCUGCCGCUGCAGAGCAGAACCAUUGCAGACUAUGCUGUGGUACCUUUAUUGGGGUGCACAGUGAAGCCGACUGUUGGUGAUGUUGUCACAAAUACGUGGCUGAUGACAUGUGUGGAACAGCAGCUCCUUUUAGAUCCCCAGUCCAAUCCACUUUUCACACCAGUUCCGGUAAUGGAAGGAGUUACCCCUCUGGAAGACUGUGUUCUUUCUUUUAGCCAGUUCACUGUUGCAGAGAGAGACUCCCUGGUUUAUCUGGCAGGACUGCUAGGAGCCAGAGUCCAAGAAUUCUUUGUGUGGAAAGCCAAUGCAAAAAAGGGAAUGUUUGCCACUACCCAUCUUGUGGCGAGAGAACCAGAUGGCUCCAAGUAUGAAGUUGCGAAGAAGUGUAAUUUGCCAGCAGUCACUGUAGAUUGGCUUUUGCAGUCUGCAAGGACAGGAAAGAGAGCAGAUGAAAGCAAGUUCUUGGUUGAAAAUGCAGAGGCUGAAGAUAAGGAGAGUUCCAUUACUCAGCUUAGCAAGACACCAGCAACGGUUAAAUCUUCUGAUUCAGAACAACCUACUUAUCUCCUUGAAGCUGGAAAAAAACCACCCAUGACCCCUCUUGAUAUCAACAGGUUCCAGAGUAAAGCUUUCCAAGCUGUAAUCUCUCAUCAUAUUGGGAAGACAACCCCCCUUACACAUGGGGGACUGCCACAGAAAGAACCAUCUUUACAUCUUGAUACACCGUCAAAAUUUCUUUCCAAAGACAAGUUAUUCAAGCCGUCUUUUGAUGUAAAGGAUGCUCUGGCAGCUUUGGAAACUCCAGGAGGUCCUGAUCAAAAAACCAGGAAACUGAGCACACCUCUUUCUGAAGUCAUCAGCAGAAAUUUGAAAUUGGCAUUGGCAAACAGCGCAAGGCAUACAGUAGCUCUUACUGCCAGCCCUCAGUUGACCACUGCAGAGCCAGAAGUGGAAGAAGAGCCCAAGCCUCUGGCCGAUGUUGUUAUAUAUGUUAGUAAAAAACUUAGUAAGAAGCAAAGUGAACUGAAUGCAGUAGCAGCUUCUCUUGGGGCAGACUACAGAUGGUGCCUUGAUGAAACAGUAACACACUUCAUUUACAAAGGACGACAAAAUGACAACAAUAAGGAGUACAAAUAUGUUAAAGAACGGGGUAUACAUAUUGUUUCAGAACACUGGCUUUUAGAGAGUGCCCAAGAAUAUAAACGGCUUCCUGAAUCUCUCUUUCCUCACACUUACAAUCCCAAAAUGAGCCUGGACAUCAGUGCAGUGCAAGACGUCAGGCUCUCCUCCAGUAAACUUUCGUCAACUGGAAAACCAGCAGAGGAAAAUGAGAUUAUUCCAGUGGAUGAAGAUGAUGCUGAAGAUGAUGUAACUACCGACCAAAUAAAGGAAACAGUUACUACAAGGGAAGAACAUAUUGUAACAAGUGAAUCCAAAGGAGUUUUAACCCAAGCACUAGAAAUGAGGGAGAACUUCCAGAGGCAGCUGCAGGAGAUCAUGUCUGCCACAUCGCUAGUGAAACCACAAGGGCAAAGAGGAUCCCUUUCAAGGAACAGUUUUGAUGGUUCUCCAACCACUCCUGAUAGCACAUGGUCUGUGCGAAAUGGCCGCAGUAGGGUCUUGGAAGCUCUAAGGCAGUCCCGUCAGGCAGUUACAGAUAUAAACACAGAGCCAUCCCAGAAUGAGCAGAUCAUCUGGGAUGAUCCUACUGCGAGGGAGGAGAGAGCAAGACUUGUCAGCAACUUUCAGUGGCCUAAUAGUCCUUCCCAGUACACUGAGCAAGGUCAGAAUAACGCCAAUAAGAACCUGGACGAGUCUGCCUUCAAAGGAUCUUUAGCUGAUGCAGAGAUUGCUGAUAUAGCUGUUCCCGAGGCUGGGGAUGGAGAUUUGAUUGAAGGUCUAAAGAAUCCUGUACGUAGAGAUCCUGAAACACCAAUUAAAGAUCACUUGAUUCCCACUCCGCAGGCCCCCAGCAUUGCUUUCCCACUGGCUAACCCUCCUGUGGCACCACAGCCCAAAGAAAAGGCUGUUACAGAAGAUGAGAAGGCUGAUGAAGAACGAGAAAAACACCGUAAAUUUCAGCUGUCUUCUCUUAAUCCUCAAGAAAGAUUUGAUUACUGCCAUCUGAUUGAGGAAUUAGGUGGAAUAGUACUUGAGAAACAGUGCUUUGAUCCAACUUGCACACACAUUGUUGUGGGACAUCCUCUUCGAAAUGAAAAAUUCUUGGCUUCGAUGGCAGCUGGAAAGUGGGUGCUUCAUCGUUCCUACCUGGAGGCAUGUAGAGGAGCUGGCUGCUUUGUUCAGGAAGAAGAUUACGAGUGGGGAAGUAAUUCCAUACUUAAUGUUUUGCCUGGAAUCAAUGUAAACCAGAAGAAACUAGCACUUGCAGCCAUGAGGUGGAGGAAAAAAAUUCAUAAAGGGAGGCAAGAAACUGGAAUUGUUGAGGGAGCUUUCAGUGGCUGGAAAGUGAUCCUAAAUGUUGAUCAAACCAAGGAAGCGGGAUUCAGGCGCCUUCUUCAGUCAGGAGGAGCAAAAGUGUUUUCUGGUCAUUCUGUGUCUCUCUUCAAAGAAGCGACUCAUCUCUUUGCUGACUUCAGUAAGCUGAAGCCAGAGGAUACCAGGGUUGACGUGGCAGAGGCAGCAGCCCAAGGAGUGAACUGCCUGAAACCGGAGUACAUUGCCGACUACCUCAUCCAGGAUCCACCUCCCCCAAUGGAGUCUUACUGCCUGCCGCAAGCUGAAUCUUGCCUUCAGAAUAACACAGAACGUGGAACUGGAUUAUCCCAGAAAAGAAAAGCACUGGGAGAAAUGUGUGGAGUCAAGCGAUCCAGAAUACACUGAGCAAAUUCGUGCUUUUAACUUGUACAUUUUUAAAUUCAUAUUUAUGUUUUUUCACUCUCACCACAAAAAUUAAAAGCUUUGAUUUUAACUUCUAAUUUGUCCUGAGAUUAAAAUAAUGUUACAGUAAUACUCAUGGGAAAGAUUGCUUUGGUUACCAGUAGCAUCUAAAAAUAUGGCAAGAACUCAUACAAAAAAUACUUUGUCUCCAAAAUGUCCUAACUAUCCCACUAAUGAUUUUGUUAAGGGACAUCAUUGUAUAAUAAAUAAUAGUUAAAUACCCUGUGAGAUGCUUAUCACAUCUUUUAUCUGUGUGUUGUGGGGAAAAUACCAGUUGGUAAGAAUUCUGUUGCAUUUCUCACACAGCAAUGGACUUAGGUGUUACAUGAAUUUUUCCUCUUUUGAUAUUUUCUGUUGGAGGGGGAAAAGGGAAACCAGACUAAAAGAACUGGCUUGUGAAUUUUUAUACUGAUAGAGGGUGUAAUAAAUUAUUUCUGUAAAACAG